AUGGCCCCCCGCCGCCGCAGCACCUCUCCGCCGCCUGCCUCUCUGCCCGACGACGACGACAUGCUUCAGGAGAUUCUCCUCCGCCUCCCGCCGCGGCCUUCCUCCCUCCCCCGGGCCUCCCGCGUCUGCAAGCGUUGGCGCCGCCUCGUCACCGAUCCCCGAUUCCAACGCCGCUUCCGCGACCACCACGGCAAGCAUCCUCUCCUCGGCUUCUUCUUCGAAGACUAUUGCUCCUGUCCGUUUGUUCCGAUGCUGGAUCGACCAGAUCGCAUCCCCCGGUAUCGCUUCUCGAUGUCUCGCCGCGAGGACAACCGCAUCAUCGACUGCCGGCACGGGCUUGUCCUUUUCCUCAGCGGAAGGCCGCCGCGCAGCCCAAGUGUGUGGGACCCCGUCGCCCGCAAGCAGCGCUGCCUGACCCUCCCACCAGAGCUGGACAACGACCGGAUGUACUUUUUCAACCGGGCGGUGCUUCGCCCUGCCCGCGGCCAAGGCCGCCGUUCAAGCCAAUUCCAGGUGGCCCUGGUAGCCUAUGACGACAGAGGAGAAACAAGAGCUUCGGCAUGGGUUUACUCGUCGGAGACUGGCAUAUGGAGCAAGAGCAAAUCACUGCAGCUGCAAUCUUCUAUACCUAUGGAUCAAUCCAGUACUUUGAUUGGGAAUUCUCUUUACUGGUUACAUACCUAUGCGGCGAAUGUGCUUCAUGACCAUGGUGAGUAUUUCGUACUUGAGUUUGAUCUGAAUAGUCAGAGCCUAGCCGUGACCGAGCUGCCGGCACACAUAGAACCCGGGUAUCACACAUUGAGGAUUAUGCCUGCCGAAGAUGGUGGGCUUGGCUUCAUCCAUCUCUCACGAUUCAAUGCCCAAUUAUGGAAGAGAAAGCCUGAUUAUGAUGGUUCAGCUGCAUGGGUGCUCGACAGAGCUAUUGAUUUCGGGGAACUUAGAUCAACUUGGAAGGGUGACUCCCUCACUUUAGUUGGGUUUGCCGAGGAGAGUAAUGCAAUCCUUGUAUCGACAGCUUCUGGUGUCUUCGUGGUCUAUCUCCAGUCAAUGGAGUUUAAGAAAGUUUCUAAUACGGUGUUCUUCUUUUCCCAUUAUCCAUAUGAAUGUUGCUAUGCUGCAGGUACUGGCAUUGUUGAUGUACAUGGCAAAGAUGAAGUGUUGAAAUAUAUGGGAGAUUCUCGUCUGUUAGCACAUGUUAGUACUUUGUGAUGACUGAAAAGGUAUGUCCAGGUUGCAGGAAUGGGUUAUCGGUGUAGGUUCUUCCAUUUUCUGUUUUCUGGUGUUGCGGUCAGGGCCAGUGAUGGUCCACUCCAUCUGAAGAUUAAUCCAGUGUAGUAGUACUCAUCAAGUGUGAAGGACACUUGGAGGAAUGAACUGUU